AUGGGUAGCCAAUCUGUAUCUGCACAUAACAAAGUAGUGAAAUUAGUACUGAUAUACCUUAUCACUGGAGACAUGAAGCUAUUACCCAUCGGCAACGGAAACGUUGUUGAGGGAAACCCUUCAGGUGAUACAAGAAACCAACAAUUAAUAAGUGUUGUAAAUGAUUGUAUUCAGCUAAUAUACCUCAACUUUAAACAGCCUUUACAAAUCUCUAACAGUGACUGCUAUGAUUUGAGAAGCAACCACAACAAGUUAGAACUGCCUAAAGCCAACACUAAGAAGACUUUCGGCUAUAGAGGAG